AUGAUCCGCCAGCUGGCGGACUUUGAUCCAAACUAUCGCGGACUUGUCGAAAUCACUCUUGACGACUAUGCCAUGGAGGCUACAGGGCGAAUCUUAUUCGAGGACAUCCAGCGGGAUGGCAGGUUCAACACCAAUCCAGCGUUUAUCAACGCGCUCUCGCAGCUUG